AUGCGUCUGGCCUUGGCGCUUCUGCUGCUCCUGGGCCUGAGCGCCCCCGGAGGCCGGGGCUGCCUGCAGUGCGACCCCUCGGUGAAGGAGGCCCUGACUAAGCUGCGCUCAGCCCUCAUCCCCGGUCGCUUCCACCGGGAGCAGCUGCAGGCCCGCGCCCGGGCCCUGCUGCUGGGCAUGGAGGGGCCCUUCUUCCCGGACUACGCGCUGAACGCGUUUGUGGGGAAAGUGGAGACGGAUCGGCUGGAAGCGGUGGCGUCCUUUACCAAGAACCAAACGCAGCGCCUAGUGGUCGAUUCUCUGAAAGAUGAGCCUCUGCUGGAAGAGCUGGUGACUCUUAGGGCAAACGUGGUCAAGGAACUCAAGAAAGUUUUAAGAUCAUAUGAAUUAAAAGCCUGCGAUCCCACACUUUGCCGCCAACUGAAAGAAGAGAUCUUGGACUGUUCACAUUGCCAGAAGACUAGACCCAAAUGUAUCCCAAAAAAGUACUGCUUUGUUGACAGGCAGCCCCGCGUGGCCCUGAAGUACCGCACGGAGUACCCAUGGAACCUGGCUCUGAUGGGCAUCCUUAUUUCCGUGUUUCUGGCUGUCUUUGUCUUUGUGGUCAUCGUGGUCUCGGCUUGUACGUACAGGCAAAACCGAAAACUUCUGCUGCAAUAG